UGUUCAUCCACAUCCCAUCAUACAUAUACCAUCGACUGUCCCGACGACUACCGAAUGGCACCAAGUCAGCGCCUCCACUAUGAGUCAUCAUCAGGUAUGCCGUGAGUCCAGAGGCACAGUCCGCUCCGAGCCCCUCCAGAUCGACUCGGAGAUACGCGUCUUGCGCUGUUGCGCUGUGUAUGUCUCACACAUCAACUCGACUUCUUCUUUGUAUGCGAUUUCUUCUAGGCUCAAAGCCUGUGCAAAGCCUCAAGCUCAAUGCUUCUUGUCACAAUGCGACAGAGAUGAUUGCCCAUCCGCGUCGAUCUCGCUUACAGCCACUUGGCAAUGUUGGCAUCCCGGUUCCGUCAACCAAAAGAUGGGAGGUCGAUAGGCCUUGACUGCUCACUGCGCUGGUAUCGGGACGCUGGGAGAAAGGAUCGUCGAUGUUCCAGUGUAUGCGUCCAGCUCGACUAGUCACCCUCUUGAACUGCUUUCUGUUCCUGAUCUUCUCCAACGGUGUCCGAGCCCAGCUCGUAACACGAUUCGAGGACUCGCGAUCUAGGAGAGCCGCGCCUUCGCUGGCAUCAGCCUCGUGGAUUUGGGCGCCCGGGACGAACGGCACAGCCAAUACCAGCGCCCAUACCGUCGCAUUCACCAAACAACUGGUCUCGCCCUCCGCUCUACUUGCAACCAACGCGACAAUAACUUUCGGAGCUGUCGCCGUCGGCGCUGCGACACUGUGGAUCAACGACCAACCCAUCGGCCAGCUGCUUCCGAACACCACGGAGGAAUUCACUGUCGUGCGAGCUGCACUAAAUGCGAGCAUCAACGUCGUCUCCGUCUUGAUCCAGAAUGCACAUUACUCUACUGCAGAUCAGCCGGGAUUCGUCGCCUCGAUCCAGGUCUCAUAUGCUGGGGCAGGUCUGUCCAGCACAGCCGUGUCAGACGCCAGCUGGCUCGCGACCUCAAACGUGCAGAUCGGCUUCCCUGCCGCCGUGAAUACAAAUCUCUUGCCGGCUGUGAUCACCGCGCCCUUCUUGAGGGACGUGUCUCCCGUCGAAUCCUCCGACCCUCCGUGGACUGGCAGCUCUUGGUUGUGGGCGACAGCAGGUGCUGAAAUCAACGCCGAUCCAGGGACGUCCGGAUUUCGCAAAGAAUUCGUCAGCCCCGAUGGGAAGACACCUCAACUCUUGCGGGGCCUGAUUGCGAGCGACAACGCAUUCUCGUUCUAUGUGAACGGCAUCUUCGUCGCUGCGUCGCCGUUCAAUCCCAGCUCUGUAAACCAAACCUCGCUGGCGCUUUUGCAGUCCUGGGAGUACGCACAAGCGGUGAACAGCCCGCUCAACUCGUUGACAGUUGUCCUGGACGUGGUUGUGGAUAAUUAUCCCCAGAUCGGCACCACUAUCAACGCUGCAGGCUUUGCGGCGAGCUUCCAGCUCGUGUACACGGACAGCACUAGCGAUUCACUGUAUACGAACGCGUCCUGGUCAUGUGGCCAGAACUUCAGCAGCGACGGGGAUUUUGUGACAACGCCGACCGCUUCGAUGCACUCUGUGGCUGUGCUCGGUCCUUUUGGAAUGGGACCCUGGGGGCAGUUGUUUGCCGUGUCCGACGUCCUCGCAGCUGCCGCUGUUCCCCGAAUCACAGCCACUCCCAGCGCUUCGGCGGCUCCAGCGACCAGCAAGCCCCGGUCUUACAACAGGACAGUGGUGAUUGUAUGUGUCGUUGUUUCUGUCAGCGUUGCUGCUGCGGCCGUCAUUGCUUUGCUCUAUCGACGUCGGUCUCGCACUGGGCCGACAGUGACCCCCUAUUCGGCACUUGCCGAUGGAGCGGACGACGACCUGCAGGGUGUCGAGCUCACCUCGUCUGUGGUGACCCCGUAUCGGAAGACCUACGCCCAGUCGUCCAUCCACUCGCCGCUGCCGCCCCCGUAUUCGUCUGCAUCCGGUCCGGCUGCUCGUAGCGGCAAGCCCGCAUCGCGGCCGAGGACGCCGCCGUGAAUGUCAUUUGCGGAAUUGUAUGUUUUGUCUUAAAUAUUGUACGUACUUACAGCCAUGUAAUUGUUAGUUCUUACGACCAAUCUGGAUACAUACCCCGGAGGCAUCGUCCCCGGCAUCACCUCUCC